AAGAGAAUAUAAAAUAAACUAUAAGUAGGAAAAGAAAAGAAAAUGUUUAACCCGUAAAGGCGUGGGAACACCUGAGCUGGGUUCGGGCCGGGUCAAUUCCUCUCUUCUCUUUGACAGUUCACAGUUGCUACUCGGCACUCUAAGUGCAGGGAUCCGCCCCCUGUGCUCCGAAGCGUCUCCUGCCCCUACCUUGAGAUAUUCUCAACCUGCCUUCACCACUUCGUUCACCGUUCAGAGUCUUUACGACGAGCAGAAGCAACCUUCAGCUAAAUCUGCGGAAAAAUCCAACCAUAGUUACGAUCCUUUUACAGGUUUACUCAGCUCCGGGUACUUGAUAUAGCUCAGGAUGAAUUUCUAUUGUUUGGAUGAGACUGCCCAUUCCCCAGCCAGCUCAGUUUCACAGAUGAGUGUGGGAUCUGACCCCAGUCCCGCCCCCUCUCCCUCCUGCCCCUCCCCCUCCUCCCCCCACUCACCUGAAACAUCCUCCUACAGGUAUAAGAACAUUUAUGAAGAAAGGUUGGAACCCCUGUACCCUGCAAGGACGGAUACAACCCUUCUCCGUCCUAUGCCCAAAUCCACACACAGGAGUGAAUAUGAUUCCGUCCUGCAGAAGAAAUUUGAUAUUCUGGUAGAGCAGAGGAACUAUCAAGAAUUAGAAGAUCUGCUUCGAUCCUCCAGCCACUGUAUCAAUAUCAACCAAUACGAUUCAGUCGGACAAACUCCUCUUCAGAGUUUCUGUAUGAGCGGAGAUCUGAAUCUUGUUCAGCUGAUGGUUAGGUACGGAGCAGAUACUCAACUCAGUUCUAGGGAUGGUUGGUCUACUCUACACUAUGCUUCCUAUAGCGGGGUUCAGGAGGUCCUCCUCUGUGUGCUCCGAUGCUGCCCCCGGAGAUAGAACCCUGCGUCAAACCUGGAUAUUUAGUGCCAUUCAAGUUUCGGGUUGAAUUCAAACCGUUAAAUUCGGCCCGAAAUUCGUGUAAUUCAUUCAGAUCGUCUUCCUCAUUCUGAUCCAUGCAAUGUUUGGUUGUGAUAAACGGUCCAAUACAAGGGGGUCUAACAAGAAAACUAGGUUCUGUCAAGUCUAUCAAGGGUUGUGAGUAGUUUGAAUAUCUACUAGCUCUUGAAGAUCUAUGAAACCUAUAAACUUAAACUGCAAUAUCUAAAGUCACUAAUCACAAAGUAAAAUAUUAAGUAUUUCCGUCCACAAGAUCUAUGUUAAAUUUCAUGUAUUUGUUAUAUGAAUAGUGUGCAUUCACACAUGUGUUUUCUGUAUAUUAUAUAUGUAUGUAUACAUUUAUGAAACAAAUAAAUUGUUAAUUUCU